AAGGACGCCGAGAUGGACAGGCUGCGAGCGGAAGCCGCCAAUGCCAAGAAGAAGCUGCAGGCGGAUGCGCGCAUGAAGAUGAGGUGGGAAGCGGCUUACGUAGAGCUGCUUCUCGGGGCUAACCAGAAGCUCGCGGAACUCAGAGAUAGUGACUUGGAUGAUUCCAGUACUUGUGCAGAAACCCCAAACCCUAAGCUGAAUGAAGUUGAAAUCUGCGCAAAGCUUAGAGGAAACAGUCGUUAUGAUGUACACAUUACAAGCAAUAUAAGUGUGGAGCUAAGAAAACUAAAGCAGGCCUAUGAGACUCUGAGCUCAAUAAAGGACAUGGAAAAUUCUGCAUUACUCUUAGAAAAGGAUUCUAUGCGUAGCCAGUUGAAUAUAAUGCAGCAGGACUAUGCCGCACUCCUAAAGAACAAGAAAGCGGAGGCAGCACAAGCUACAGAAGCAGCACUAAAGCUUCAGCAGAGUGUAGAUGAGCUUAAGGUGUUGGCCCAAAAGAAGGAUGAUGAGAUUGGCAAAUUGCAAGAAGAAGCUGUUGGUGCCAAAAAGCAGCUAAUGAAAAUGCAGUCCUUGGUCAAGGAGAAAGAUGAUGAAAUCCAAAGACUCAAAGGUUGGCAUCCUCAGUAUAUUCAAAUGUCCAACAAGGAUAUCAAUGGGACACAUAAAAAGUUGAGGUCCGAUGAUCCAUGUGUAAGAGGCAAAUCAAAAACCAAUGUAGGAAACUAUGGGCAAGAUGAAACUAGUCAGAAGCGCAGGCGUGUCUCUUCCCUAUCAAAUGUACAAAAGCCUCUAGGGAGCCCCAAGAGAAAGAGAGCUGCUUGUAGUGCCCAAGUUGCCAACCGUAAAAGCCACACUGAAAGCAGAGCGGUCAAGUGUUGGUACUCCUAUCGCAUGGCUCCACAGCCGCUGCGCUCAAGGAAUCUGAAGAUUGCCAACGGCCGUCGUUCAACGAUCGGCACUGGUCACUGGGGUAAUUACGUCAGGCUCGUUAACGACAGCCUGGUAGACCAACCUGACAAGCACAAGAUGUUUGUCCAGUUCCUGUGCAAUUUUGAGAACUGGAGAAUUUGUCAAGUGGCUAGAACCAUGGAGGUCGUGUUAGAUGGACAGCCCAAGCUGAUCCAUCAGUUUAACAGGUUCUUGCCUAACAAUUGUCAGAUGGAGGUUGAUGAUGAUGAUGAGGAGAAACAGCAGCCCGAGGAGGAGCAGCCGCGCCCGCAAGGAGCACCGCAACCUCGUGGCCAACUCCCAUCAGCGUCACCAUCAGCAUCAGUGGCAGAGUCAGCGUCAGAGUCGGAGUUAGCGUCAGCCGCGGCGGGCCUGGUCAAGCUCAAGGAGGCAGAACAGCAGCCAAAGCGGGAGCGGGUUUAGUGGUAUUUGCUGACUGAUAAUUCAUGCCUGUAACUAGGAACAGCUCAUAUGAUGAUCACUGCGGCUUCUUGUAAAUUGAUACUUAUGUCAUGUCUCUGGUCUGGUCAGAUGUAAAUUGAUACUUAUGGUCAUGUUGCUGAAUGAUUUACCAGUGUUUGAAGUUGGAUCAACAUCUGAUACAUGUGGCAUGCACGGAAUCUAUCGGCCCAACGAGUCAUUAAUGAUACUAGCAAAACUUAAUCU